AUGAAUGGUGGUAAACCUGUCACUACUCCAUUAGUGGUAAACGAGAAACAACAAAAAGAUGAUGGAGCACAAGAGGCAGAUGCAUCACGCUACAAGAGUUUAAUUGGAAGCCUCUUGUAUCUCACAGCCACACGACCAGACAUUAUGUAUGCUACAAGUCUUCUAUCAAGAUUCAUGCAAAAGCUAAGUCAAAUUCAUUAUGGAGUAGGAAAAAGAAUUUUAAGAUAUCUACAAGGCACAAAGGAGUUUGGCAUAUGGUACAAAACCAUGACUAACUCAAGAAUGAUUGGCUACACAGAUAGUGAUUGGGCAGGAUGA